AUGUAUAGUGUUUUCGUAACUAUAAUUGCAUUAGCGUAUAUGCUUUUCGAUGUGAAUUACUAUAUACGCGCUGCAUGUUUUUAUGCUCUAGGAAGAUUGACCAAAAAGAAAUUUAACGCUAAGAAUUGCACUACUAUUUACGGCUUCUGUACGACGCAAGAUAUCGACCUAUUUAUUAAACAUAUGAACAACGCUCGUUAUUUACGAGAACUGGACUUUGCGAGGUUCUAUUUCUAUGAUAUUUCUGGUAUAUAUAAGAAAAUUUUAGACGCGAAUGGUGCAGUGCUUCAGGGCGCGUCUUCAGUGAGAUACAGAAGAACUAUACCUAUUUUUACUGCAUACAAAGUCGAGACAAAGGUAGUAUAUUGGGAGGAUAAAACGCUGUUCUUUGAACAUCAAUUUAUCACCUUCGAUGGGUUCGUUCGAGCGGUCGUGUUGUCACGACAAAAUCUUGUGAAUAUUGAAGCGGACGAGCUGAUGAAAAAUGUCCCAGGAGCGGAGGUUAAACCCGAUUGUCCGGAUGAAAUCAGACAUUGGUUAACUUCAAUCGAGUUUUCAAGCGCAAAAUUAAGAAAAAAGGAUUGA